GCGCCUGCUAUGCGCUCUAAUUGCGUGAGCGCGCUUUAAUUCUCUCAUAUACAGCGCUCACCAUGAAAUCGUAACUUUGCGAGCGCGCUCUCGCUCAAUUGUGUAUAACAGGCUCGUUAGCGCGCUCUGCUGCCGCCGUCGCUGUACGCUUUGGCUCGCCUGCCUGCUGCUAGCUGGACUGGUUUGCUACUAGCGAUACACACUCAAAUUCAGUCUCUAAAGGUCGCUCGCUCUAAUGAAAUCGUUGGGAAAUUACGUGCGGAUACCGGACGGAAUAAGCGCUUGUUGUAUAUAUUCGCCGUGCAAUAUCGUUAGCUCGUGUGCUGCUGCUGCACACACGACGAAGAAAAAAUAGAAAUUUUUCAUGAUUUUCGAGCAAAAGCAGUCGAUAUAUACGCGCGUGUGCUGAAGUGGAAGAAAAUAAGAAAUUCCAGCUAGAAAAUAUUUUGUUCAAACGAAGCAACGAAAAUUGUGCAAAGAAGCCGAAAAUAGAGUAGCAAAUUGGCAAUAAAAUAUAGUGUGCGCGUAUAAGAGUUUGUGUGGCAAAUCACUGAAAUCGAAUUUAGCUCUAACAAAAAAAAUCAAUGUGCAAACACUUGCAAACAUAGUGAGUGCGCUGCGGGAAAAUUGGAAAAUUCUGUGUUGUGAUUUUGAGAAAAAAUUUGUUAGCGAAUUCGGUAGCACAAAUCGUGGCUGUGAGGCUGUGCAAGCGGCAAGCAGCAGGCACGUCAGCGUUUACUGCCGGCAGCAGAACUCGCUAAAGGAUUUAAGAAAAUACUCACGCUCGCAACUACACGCACACACAUACACAUAAACGAGCGUGUGUGUGUAUGCAAACGAACGCGAAACUUUGUGAUUUAUCCCACCUACGCGCUGAGAUUUGCAGAUUUGUUUAUUUGUUUAUCAAAUCGUCUAAUGGGAGUGUUUAAGGCUCGCCGCUAAAAGCAAAGCGUUUUCUGCGCGCUGAAUGGCAAAUGUGUGAUUUUCGUUUACAGAGUAAUUAUUCAGAGCAAUGUAUCGAAUUUGAAACGAAUAUAAAAAUGCUAACAAAUUAAACUUGAUCUAACAUAAUACCAGUGAGUGAUUUCUAAACUACCAAGCUAUACGCCACCACACAAUCAACGAAGAAAAGCUAAAAUUUUUUAAAAUUUUCAAGUGCUUAAAAUCUGUGAAAUACAGUGUUCAAAUCAAAGUUAUAACAAAUAAAAUUAUCAGUUGAAGAAAAAACAGUGAAAAAGCAACAACGCAACAACGAAGUUAAGAAAAUAAAUUACCACAAUGUGCAAACAAGAAAAAUGUUAAAAGUCUGCGUUAUUGCGCAAGCAAAAAAAAUAACAACAAAACUUUACACCAAAAACUACAAACAAACCAAUUAAGUCAUACACCACACCACACACAUACACUGACCACCCACCAACUCGCAGCGCUUACACCGUUGAACGGAAGCAACGGUUUCUUCUGCUAUUUCUACUUCUUCGUCCCGCUGUUUACAUAAAAAGCCAUCAAAAUUAAGUUCUCAAAGCAAAAUCAUCACGCAUACCGUCACACCGAGAACAUCUACGACGGUGGCACCGACACUGACGACGACGAAUGCCCGUUGGAGUCCACCACGAUGAAUCCGUAUGAAUAUGAAACGACACUGGACUGUCGCGAUGUGGAUACACGCGCCGGCGGUGGUGGUGGCGGCGGCCUCGGUGGCGGUGGUCUAAACGGUGGUACAGCUGUUGGUGGUAUGAUGAGUUUGCGUCACAAUCCAACGUCGACACAUUCACAUCAAAAUACGUUGCAACAUCAGAAUCAACAGAAUUUACAAUUGCAACAACAACAGCAACAACAUCUGCAACAACAGCAAUCACCAUACGAUUACGAGUAUCAGCAUUUGCCACAUCGUGCUGGUGAAUUGGCUGCAGCAGCGGCAGCGAACAAUAGCGGUGCAGUGUCAACGGCACAGCGCAACACACACGGCAGACCAGGCUAUCUCCUUGAAGGAGUUACGCCAUCGGCACCACCGGAUGUCCCACCAAGGAAUCCAACAAUGAGUCGCAUGAAUAAUGGCCGUUUAGUCCCUGGUAACCCAAAUGAUUUGGGCGUUGAUUUCGAGCCAUCGUGUUUGGUGCGAACACCAUCGGGCAACGUCUACAUUCCGAGUGGAAAUUUAAAUAUCAACAAAGGUUCACCCAUCGAUUAUAAAAGCGGCUCGGCCUGCUCAACACCUACAAAAGACACACUCAAAGGUUACGAGCGCAGCACGAAUAAUUGCAUGGGACCCGUGCUUCCACCGCGCAGCGUUAUGAGCGGCCUGCCUGCGCACCACUAUUCGACACCGAUGAAUUUCCGCAAGGGUUUGGCGGCGCGCUGGCACCGCUGGCGGUGUGCGCUCAACAUAUGUUUGGCGGUAUUUGCGUUACUUGGCUUGAUUUCAAUAGUUCUAUAUGUAUCCGGUGUAUUACACUUAUCCAUGGACGAACCACGCACAAUUCUAGUCGGCAAUGAGGCAUCCGAAGUGACGGCCGCCAAAAGCACUAACACAGAUCUAACGAAAUUCGGACAACCCACCACGGUCACAGCAUCAACGGCAACCUCAUCACUCUCCUCGAUAUCGGCAUCACAAGCGGCAGCGGCGCAGGCGGCCAGCGGUAGCGCUGACUUAAUGGCUGGCGGCGGCGGCGGUGGCACCUUACCAUCAUCGACCGCCUACCAAUCACCAGCAUCUGCGUCAUCGGCGGUGGCUGCUAUAGGUACGACCGGAGCCGUUGCCUCGUCACCCUCAUCCUCAUCGCUGGCAAAUGCCAAUAAUGGAGACGUUAGACAUGUAGCGCUACGCCGCAUCUGGUUUUACUAUCCGCGCAGCUACGCAUACACGGCACAACAAAACAGCCAGCAACAAACAAAGGAUAGUUCAGCAACAGGGACACUACGCUUGUCAUACGGCACACAACGGUAUGAGCGACGGCGACAACAGCAACAGCAACAAAGCGGUAGUGAUGGCGUGGCGGUAGUGGCGUCGAGCGCUGACAAGCACUACCAGCAAAAUACUUACAAACAAAGGCAACAACAGCCGCACGUAAAAGUCCGAAUGCCAGUCAAUGCCACUUGGCAACAGCAUGGCGCGCGAAGGAAGCGUUAUCGUCGAAGUUUAAUGACAGACGAAACUUUUGAAAGCAUCGACUUAAUUACGCGAACGCAUACGAGGGAUGAUGACGAUGAAAUGAAGGCGCACGAGCGCGUUACAAACAACACGAAUAAUAGCAAACAUAAAUUGAAGAAUGGCAAUGGCGACAGCGUUGAUAAGGCAAAGGACAGCGGCGACGAUAGUGAACUGUUAACUGUUGGCAACAGCGCGAACGCUGACAGCUUUGUAGUUACACAAAAGACAAUAACAAAGGGUGUGGAGUUGCAGUUGACUAACAAAGAGGUGAUUGAGUUGGUGGCGCAAACAGCAGGUGUGCCAAAUAUGUUAGAUACAAAUGUGGUGAGAAAAUCAAGUGAGCUAGCGGAAGGCAACAGAGCAACGGUUGCUGAGCGUGAGCGCAAUAACCAACGAUUGCAAACCGAAACAAGCAAUCAAGCCAAACAGUCAACGGCAGCUAUAACGCGCUGUCUCUCGCCAGUAGCAGUAAGCGCGCCACAUAAAUGUCAAACGCUGCCGCUGACUAACAUACAAACUGCAAGUAAUUACGCUGACGACGCGCUGAGCGAUAAAGCGACAAACGAAACGCCAAAGAAAUAUGAAAAUAUUGCUGCGCCGCAGACUGAUUAUGACAAGCAUAAUAGUAAUAAUACAUUUAACAGUAAACGCACACCAAAGCGCGACAAUAUAAGCAACGCGCAAACUUUGCAAAUCAAUAAGCUAUUAAAUCUCAAUCAAAACUCUAAUGAUGACAAAGAAAUUGCUGCCGCUGACAGGACUGAUGUUGAAGGCGCGGCCGCGCAAACGUCUGGCAGUGUAAGUGUUGUUGCCAAGACUGCUGUUGCCGAUGGUGUGUCUGUUGGGCAACACGAUGAUGCGACAUUGACGACAAUUGCCAAAGUUUUAUCAAAGGCUUUUAGGGAUAAAAAUAAUGAAGUAGCAAAUUUGACAGGCGGCGACGCGCCAAACGCCGCGUGCGGAAAUGAUGCUGACGAAGCAAGCGCAACAAAAUGUGCGGGUGAGGCAACAAAGUCGCUUGAAGAAAACAAAAUUGAAGAUGAAGAGUAUACAAUUGCAGACGCGCUCACUCCACCAACAACAACAGCAACAGCAGCAGCGGCGCACACAGCUAUUGACCUUACAGCCAGCGACAUUCGUGAUAUAUUUGAUGGUGAUAUUGAUUAUGUUGAAGGUGACACGCAACGUGAAGUAAGCGUCCCGCAUGCAGAGUUUGUUAACAAAGUCAAAGGAAGAGAAGAACUUAUUUUUAAAGCAGCGUCUACAAUUAAUGAGAUAUCGAUUACAACGGACGCGACGGCAAGCGCUAAUGUAAUAAGUAUGCGCGCUGAGCCCAACGAAGGAACUACCGAAGAAGGCGCUGCCUAUAAGCAUGCAAAAAGCAAUUUGCGUUUACGUAAAGCGAACGAGCCGAGAUAUAUGAAAACGCUUAGAAAGCACUUUGGGCGCCCAAUUCACGCACCUGUACAACUAGCGCCAGCGGCAGUACAGUUUCUCGAUGUGGUUAUUGAUGAUGAUAGUCAAAUUGACAGACCACCAGUAGCCGAACGAGCACAACGUGCGGUGCAGGAAGUAGAGCGCGGCAAUAACGCUGACAUAGGCGCUGUGCAAUUUCGAGAAAACAACGCCAUAAGUAAUGACAAUAAAAUAGACGUUAAUGCGACUAAAAAAUUGCCAGAUAAUGUGAGUCAGUAUAUACGCUAUGCGAGCGCACAUGAAACUACUGCGCCACAACACGAAUUUGAUGAGGUAAAUAGUACUCAAAUCAAUCGUCAUAAUGGCGCAAGCGACAACGCGUUGAACGACGAUAGUGAAAGCGAUACCGACGUAGCUGCAACUGAUGAUAACAAUAAUGAGCGUGAUUUGGUUGACAGCUAUGAUGAUGUUGGGCAUGAUGCGCGGACACCAGCCACACCACUGGCCGCAGACACGUCAAGUGUCAUAAAAAUUGAUAAAUCCGAAAUGAAUGAGCAAAAAGCGGGGCAGCGCGCAGCAUAUGAUGAUGUGGAUGAUGUAGAUACACGCACGGAAGCAAGAGACGACGACUACGACGAAGCAUGGGAGUUGGGGCGCGCGGCGACUGAAAGUGAACUGAAAAUUAAGCUAAACGAAAGUCAAAUGCAAAAUGAACGGGCAGCAAUGAUUGAAAAACACAUAGCGUUAGUUGGCGUGGAUGCUGAAACAGCAACAACAACGACAAAACUAAUGAUAACAGCUGAUGAACGACAAACGAUGGAGAUAAAUGAGCGCGCGUCAGUGGCAAGGCAAAAAACUGUUGCAAGAAAGCAGCAACGGGAAGUAAAAGCAAGGAUUUCGGUAGAUUCGGGUUAUGAAAGUAAAAACGUUGGAGCCGUGGACGAUUUGCUGUCAUUAGAAAAUGUAGAAAAUGUUGAAAAUGUUGAAGAUGUUGGCGUAUCAACGGAGGAAGCAACUGACGUUGUAGCGGUAAAGACAACGUCAGUAACAGACCGCACACAAAUGAUAGCACAAAUGAGCGUUCAGCAAGCUGCUGAAACACACGCGGCACAAACAACCGAAAAACUGUACUACAAUUACGCAACUGAACCCGCAACUGCUGAAGUUCUAGCGCAUACAACAACAAUGCAACCAACACAUUUAAGUGGUAAUGGAAACAAUGCGUCAACAGUUGCUGAUGAUGAAAGCAACGCGGAAGACGAGCUGAUGCUUAAUGACGGUUUAAUGCCGCAGCACAACUACAAACACAACAACAAAGACGCUAGAAACCACAACGCGCCCGAGAACAUAAUGCAGCGCAAUCGUAAUUUCCAUACAAACGCCAAAGCUUACGCAGCCACUAAUGACUACCAGCAUUUCAUUGCCGAACCCAAUGCGGACGACAUUGAUAUUAUCAAAUUGGAGGAUACACGCUCGAGCGAGGAUGAAAUCUAUAAAACCAUAGACGGUGCGCCCGCAAAGCCGCCGAAGUACACGCAUGGCAAACGUAAAGAAAUCGUCACCAGUCGGCCGCCUAAAUACCCAGCGCAAGCAGAAAACGAAGUGCUCAAAGCAGGCGUAGCAAACAACGCGGUCAACAGCUACGCUGACAAAUUGCCAAACUUUCCGCUCAAAGCGCCCAUAGUGAGCGAAACAUACGAUGCGCCGGGUAAGCACAUACUCGUGAAUGUGACGAUCGCUACCGAAGGUGAUAGCAACUCUGUGUAUACGUUGCAUGUGGCCGUGCCGAUCGGCGGUCAAACGCACGAUGUGCAAGAGGUGUUAACACAUGAGCGCCUGAAAACGCCAGCGCACGAUGAAGAUGCGCCGCCACCAACGUAUGCACACGACACCGAGCAAGCGCCAAUCAGUCCUUAUUGCAUACCCGAGCCACCGCCACCUAUACCGGAAUGCCCUUGCAAGUGCGCGGAUUUCUUAAGUGCAACUGAAGUGCUUGACGCUGUUGACAACGAGGCACACUUUGUGCCAUUAGCGGAUAGUGUUGAUAACGCCGACGCUCCCACCGCUACCGCAACGACCACAGCGCCGCAAACUACCGACAAUUUCAUUCAUUUACCAUACACACCAGCAAUUGCUACAAGCACAACAACUAUGUUGACUAAUACCACUGAAGAUUCUCUCAUUUCAACAACUACCACUGCUACAUUUACUAAUUUGCUUGGUGUUGAUGCAGCGCAAGCUGUCAGUGUUGAUGAUCAUGUUGUUGUUGGUGAUGGCAGCAAAAUUGCAUGUCCUGAUGUUAUGCCUAUUCUGAUACUUGAAGGUGCGCGUACUUUCCCGGCACGCAGCUUCCCACCAGAUGGCACGACCUUUGGACAAAUCACACUGGGACAGAAACUAACCAAGGAGAUACAACCUUAUAGCUAUUGGAAUAUGCAGUUCUAUCAAUCGGAACCGGCUUAUGUGAAGUUCGAUUACACCAUACCGCGCGGCGCAUCGAUAGGUGUCUAUGGGCGUCGCAACGCAUUGCCAACACACACACAGUAUCACUUUAAGGAGGUGUUGAGCGGCUUUAGCGCCAGCACAAGGACAGCGCGCGCAGCACACUUAUCGAUAACGCGCGAGGUAACACGCUACAUGGAGCCCGGUCACUGGUUCGUCUCGCUCUACAACGAUGAUGGUGAUGCGCAAGAGGUCACCUUCUAUGCCGCCAUUGCCGAGGAUAUGACACAGAAUUGCCCGAACGGUUGCUCCGGCAAUGGCCAAUGCUUGCUCGGGCAUUGUCAAUGCAAUCCCGGCUUUGGUGGCGACGACUGCAGUGAGAGCGUUUGUCCAGUGCUGUGCUCGCAACAUGGCGAAUAUAUUAACGGCGAAUGUAUUUGUAAUCCCGGUUGGAAGGGUAAAGAGUGCUCGUUGCGUCACGAUGAGUGCGAAGUGGCCGAUUGCAAUGGACAUGGUCACUGCGUGAGCGGCAAGUGCCAGUGCAUGCGCGGCUAUAAGGGCAAAUUCUGUGAGGAAGUUGACUGUCCGCAUCCGAACUGCUCGGGUCAUGGCUUCUGCGCUGACGGCACUUGCAUCUGCAAGAAGGGCUGGAAGGGCACCGAUUGCGCCACCGUCGACAAGGACGCCUUGCAAUGCCUGCCAGAUUGCUCCAAUCACGGCAAUUUCGAUGUGGACACGCAGACCUGCACGUGCGAGCCAAAGUGGAGCGGCGAUGACUGCUCGAAGGAGCUAUGCGAUUUGGAUUGUGGACAGCAUGGACGCUGUGUCGGCGAUGCCUGCACUUGCGACACGGAAUGGGGUGGCGAAUAUUGCAACACCAAACUCUGCGAUACGCGCUGCAAUGAGCAUGGGCAAUGCAAGAAUGGCACCUGCCUGUGCGUGACCGGUUGGAAUGGCAAGCACUGCACUAUCGAAGGCUGUCCGAAUGGCUGUUCGGCGCAUGGACAGUGUCGCGUGAGCGGCGAGGGUCAGUGGGAGUGUCGCUGCUACGAGGGCUGGGAUGGUCCCGACUGCGGCAUAGCGCUCGAAUUGAAUUGUGGCGACAGCAAGGACAACGACAAGGAUGGUCUCGUCGACUGUGAGGAUCCCGAGUGCUGUGCCAGUCAUGUGUGCAAGACAUCGCAGCUGUGCGUAUCCGCGCCCAAGCCGAUUGAUGUCUUGCUGCGCAAGCAACCGCCGGCCAUUACCGCAUCCUUCUUCGAGCGCAUGAAAUUCCUGAUUGACGAGAGCAGCCUACAGAACUAUGCGAAACUCGAGACGUUCAAUGAAAGCAUUUUUUGGAAUUAUUUCAAUGCAAGCCGUUCGGCCGUUAUACGCGGUCGCGUAGUCACCUCGCUCGGCAUGGGUUUGGUGGGUGUACGCGUCUCCACCACGACACUGCUCGAAGGUUUCACGCUCACACGUGACGACGGUUGGUUCGAUCUGAUGGUAAAUGGCGGCGGCGCUGUUACGCUGCAAUUCGGCCGCUCACCAUUCCGGCCACAGUCACGCAUCGUACAAAUACCCUGGAACGAAGUGAUCAUCAUCGAUGUGGUGGUUAUGUCCAUGUCGGAGGAGAAGAAUUUGAUACCCAUACCGCAUACGUGUUUCUCACACGACUACGAUCUUAUGAAACCGGUUGUGUUGGCUUCGUGGAAGCAUGGUUUCCAAGGCGCUUGUCCUGAUCGUUCCGCCAUUUUGGCCGAGUCGCAAGUUAUACAGGAAUCACUACAAAUACCCGGCACUGGCUUGAAUUUGGUAUACCAUUCUUCACGCGCCGCCGGCUAUCUGUCGACCAUAAAGCUACAGCUAACACCAGAAACUAUACCAGAAACACUGCACCUGAUACAUCUGCGCAUAACUAUUGAGGGUAUACUGUUCGAGCGUGUUUUCGAAGCUGAUCCGGGCAUUAAAUUCACCUACGCCUGGAACCGCUUGAACAUCUACCGUCAACGUGUCUACGGUGUGACCACAGCGAUUGUCAAGGUUGGCUAUCAGUACAGCGAUUGCAAAGACAUCAUUUGGGAUAUACAAACCACCAAGUUGUCUGGCCACGACAUGUCUAUCUCCGAGGUGGGUGGUUGGAAUCUUGAUAUACACCACCGUUACAACUUCCAUGAAGGCAUACUGCAGAAGGGCGAUGGCUCCAAUAUCUACUUGAAGAAUAAGCCGCGUGUCAUACUCACCACCAUGGGUGAUGGCCAUCAACGUCCACUCGAAUGUAAUGAUUGCGAGGGCUUGGCAUACAAGCAACGUUUGCUGGCGCCUGUUGCUUUGGCCGCUUCACCUGAUGGCAGUUUGUAUGUCGGCGACUUCAACUACAUACGUCGCAUUAUGACCGAUGGCACCAUACGCACAGUGGUCAAGUUGAAUGCCACACGCGUCUCCUAUCGCUACCACAUGGCGCUAAGUCCACUGGACGGCACACUUUAUAUAUCCGAUCCGGAGUCACAUCAAAUCAUACGCGUACGCGACACUAAUGAUUACUCGCAACCGGAAAAGAACUGGGAACCCAUUGUCGGCUCCGGUGAGCGUUGUCUGCCAGGCGACGAGGCGCAUUGUGGUGACGGUGCUUUGGCGAAAGAUGCGAAGUUGGCCUAUCCCAAAGGCAUCGCCAUUUCCAGCGACAAUAUAUUAUACUUCGCUGAUGGCACAAAUAUCCGUAUGGUUGAUCGAGAUGGCAUCGUCACAACGCUGAUUGGCAAUCAUAUGCAUAAGUCACACUGGAAGCCCAUACCAUGCGAGGGCACACUAAAGCUGGAAGAGAUGCAUUUGCGUUGGCCUACCGAAUUGGCUGUUAGCCCCUUGGACAAUACACUACACAUCAUCGAUGAUCAUAUGAUUUUGCGCAUGACACCCGAUGGACGUGUGCGGGUCAUUUCCGGUCGCCCACUACAUUGUGCCACUACUUCAACCGUUUAUGAUUCCGAUUUGGCUACACAUGCCACGCUGGUGAUGCCACAAUCCAUAUCGUUUGGUCCCAUGGGUGAGCUCUAUGUGGCAGAGAGCGACUCACAACGCAUCAACCGUGUGCGCGUCAUUGGCACAGAUGGCCGUAUAGCACCUUUUGCCGGCGCAGAGUCGAAAUGCAAUUGCUUGGAACGCGGCUGCGAUUGUUUUGAGGCAGAGCACUUCUUGGCGACCAGUGCCAAAUUUAAUACUAUAGCGGCGCUUUCUGUUACACCCGAUGGUCAUGUGCAUAUUGCCGAUCAGGCCAAUUACCGCAUACGUUCGGUUAUGUCCAGUAUACCCGAAGCCAGUGCGUCACGCGAAUAUGAAAUCUAUGCGCCAGAUAUGCAAGAAAUAUAUAUCUUUAACCGUUUCGGUCAGCACGUCUCUACAAAGAAUAUUCUAACUGGCGAAACCACAUAUGUCUUCACUUAUAAUGUCAAUACUUCCAAUGGCAAACUGAGUACCGUGACUGAUGCGGCAGGCAAUAAGGUCUUUCUACUGCGCGACUACACCUCACAGGUGAACUCUAUUGAAAAUACGAAGGGACAGAAAUGUCGUCUACGCAUGACACGCAUGAAGAUGUUGCACGAACUGAGCACGCCGGACAACUACAAUGUGACAUUUGAAUACCACGGCCCAACCGGCUUGCUAAAGACCAAACUAGAUUCCACAGGCCGCUCUUAUGUCUACAACUACGAUGAGUUUGGCCGACUAACUUCGGCUGUUACGCCCACUGGUCGUGUCAUUGAUUUAGUAUUUGAUUUGAGCGUUAAAGGUGCACAAGUUAAGAUAUCUGAGAAUGCACAGAAGGAACAAUCGAUGCUAAUACAGGGUUCGACAGUUAUGGUGCGCAACGGUGCCGCUGAAUCGAAGACCUCUGUUGAAAUGGACGGUUCAAUGACAAGUCUAACGCCAUGGGGUCACACCGUACAAAUGGAAGUGGUACCGUACGCCAUUUUAGCUGAAAUCAACCCAGUGAUUGGUGAAAGCUAUCCUGUACCUGCCAAGCAGCGUACUGAAAUCGCUGGUGAUCUGGCUAAUCGCUUUGAGUGGCGCUACUUCGUGCGUCGCAUGCAGCAGGGUAAGCAAGGCAAAGGACCACGUCCAGUGUCACAAGUUGGACGCAAGCUGCGUGUGAAUGGCGAUAAUGUGCUUACACUCGAAUAUGACCGCGACGCGCAAUCCGUUGUUGUGCUCGUCGAUGAUAAACAAGAAUUAUUGAAUGUUACUUAUGACCGCACAGCACGUCCCGUGAGUUUCCGCCCACAAUCGGGUGACUAUGCUGAUGUCGACUUGGAAUACGAUCGCUUUGGUCGUUUAGUAAGCUGGAAGUGGGGUGUGCUACAAGAAGCUUACACCUUUGAUCGCAACGGACGCUUAAAUGAAAUCAAAUACGGCGAUGGCUCAUCCAUGGUUUAUGCCUUCAAAGACAUGUUCGGCUCGUUGCCAUUGAAGGUGACCACACCGCGGCGUUCUGACUACCUCUUGCAGUACGACGAUGCUGGCGCGCUACAAAGUUUGACAACGCCACGCGGCCAUAUACACUCAUUCUCACUACAAACCUCGCUCGGCUUCUUCAAAUACCAAUACUUCUCACCGAUCAACCGCCAUCCUUUCGAAAUACUAUAUAACGAUGAAGGACAGAUACUCGCCAAGAUACAUCCACACCAAUCCGGUAAGGUGGCGUUUGUACAUGAUUCCGCUGGUCGUUUGGAGACAAUUCUGGCUGGGCUAUCAAGCACGCACUACACUUAUCAGGAUACGACGAGCCUCAUCAAAUCAGUUGAAGUACAGGAACCGGGCUUCGAGUUACGCCGCGAGUUCAAGUAUCAUGCUGGUAUUCUCAAAGACGAAAAAGUACGCUUCGGCUCAAAGAACUCAUUAGCUUCCGCACACUACAAGUACUUCUAUGAUGGCAAUGCACGUCUGAGCAGCAUUGAGAUGUCCAUUGAUGACAAGGAGGUGCCCACAGCACGUUACAAGUACAGUCAAAACUUGGGACAGUUGGAAGUUGUGCAAGAUCUGAAGAUUACCCGUAAUGCUUUCAAUCGUACCGUUAUUCAAGACUCUGCUAAGCAAUUCUUCACGAUCAUCGAUUACGAUCAGCAUGGACGCGUAAAAAGUGUGCUUAUGAAUAUCAAGAGCUUCGACGUCUUCCGCCUUGAGUUGGACUAUGAUCUGCGAAAUCGCAUCAAAUCACAAAAGACAACAUUGGGACGUUCAACAUCAUUCGACAAGAUCAACUACAAUGCUGACGGACAUGUGACAGAAGUGCUCGGCACAAACAACUGGAAGUACUUGUACGAUGAGAAUGGCAACACUGUCGGCAUUGUGGAUCAAGGUGAGAAAAUUAAUCUCAGUUAUGAUAUUGGUGAUCGUGUCAUACAAGUUGGUGAGAUCGAGUUCAACAGUUAUGAUGCGCGCGGCUUUGUGGUGCGACGUGGUGAACAGAAGUACCGUUAUAACAAUCGCGGUCAGCUAAUACAUGCCUUCGAAAGAGAUCGCUUCCAAUCCUGGUACUAUUAUGAUGACCGCAGCCGUUUAAUAGCCUGGCACGAUAGCAAGGGUAACGUAACGCAGUACUACUACGCCAACCCGAAGACACCGAAAUUGCUGACACACGUACACUUCCCGAAAGUGGGCAAAACAUUGCGUUUCUUCUACGACGAUCGUGAUAUGCUAAUGGCAGUGGAAAACGGCGAUCAGCGUUACUACGUGGCCACCGAUCAGAAUGGUUCACCGCUAGCCUUCUUCGACCCGAACGGCAUCAUAAUCAAAGAUGUAAGGCGCACGCCAUUCGGCCGUAUCAUCAAGGAUACGAAUCCAGACUUCUUCAUACCGAUCGACUUCCAUGGUGGACUGCUAGAUCCCAACACUAAGUUAAUCUACACCGAAGGACGCCACUACGAUCCUACAGUUGGUCAGUGGAUGACACCAAAAUGGGAGACAUUGGCCACUGAAAUGUCCAAUCCAACUGACGUCUUCAUCUACCGCUACCACAACAACGAUCCCGUCAAUCCUAACAAACCGCAAAAUUAUAUGAUCGACUUGGAGUCUUGGCUGCAACUCUUCGGCUACGAUUUGCGUAGCAUGCAGAGCUCGAAGUACACCAAAGACGCGCAAUAUGUGCCACAAAUUUCGAUUAAAUCAAACACAUUGGCACCUGAAUUCGGAGUGAUUUCCGGUUUGGAAUGUAUCGUCGAGAAGACCAACGAGAAAUUCAGCGAUUUCGACUUUGUGCCGAAGCCACUGCUAAAGAUGGAACCGAAGAUGCGCAAUCUACUACCACGUAUUAGCUACCGACGUGGCGUCUUCGGCGAGGGUGUGCUGCUUUCACGCAUUGGCGGACGCGCUUUGGUCAGCGUCGUAGAUGGCUCGAAUAGCGUGGUGCAGGAUGUGGUAUCAUCGGUCUUCAACAAUUCCUACUUCCUCGAUCUGCACUUCAGCAUACACGAUCAAGAUGUAUUCUACUUUGUCAAAGACAAUGUGCUCAAGCUGCGCGAUGACAACGAAGAGCUGCGCCGACUCGGCGGCAUGUUCAACAUAUCAACACACGAAGUGACCGAUCAUGGCGGCACCGCCGCAAAGGAAUUGCGGCUGCAUGGCCCUGAUGCAGUGGUGAUAAUUAAAUACGGUGUUGAUCCCGAACAAGAGCGACAUCGCAUACUGAAACACGCGCACAAGCGUGCCGUCGAACGCGCUUGGGAGCUCGAGAAGCAGCUGGUGGCUGCCGGCUUCCAAGGACGCGGCGACUGGACUGAAGAGGAGAAAGAGGAGCUCGUGUCGCAUGGCGAUGUAGAUGGCUGGAUCGGCAUCGACAUACACAGCAUACACAAAUAUCCACAGCUGGCCGACGAUCCAGGCAAUGUAGCAUUCCAGCGUGACGCCAAACGCAAACGAAGAAAGAUCGGCAGCGCACACCGCGCAGCGAAAUCGCGCCGACAACAAUUAAGAGUCAUGGAUUUGAGUGCGUGAGUGGGCGAGGAGACGAGUGAAGAAGCAUACAAAAGUAGACGUGUAGCAGCAACUGUGACAAAAGUGAAUGAGCAACUCGAAAAUGGUGGGCGUGGUAAGGAUAAACGAAGUUAUGGUGUUGCCUAUGCUAGGCACGAAAGCUGGCUAGCAGACGCAAACGCAAACGAACUGAACACCAUAGAGACAACACUUUAUUUAGACAACAAUAACAGCAAUAGCAGCGGUGAUGAUGGUGAUGACGAAGACGACGACAACGACAACAACGGCGACGAUGAAGAUGAGGAUGACGAUGCGCCGCCGCAAAAUGUACGCGAACUCAUUGUUGCCAACGAAGCUAACCACAGCGGCAAUGAGGAGUACUACCAAGACGAAUACUAUUAUAAUAACAACUACUACGAUCAGCACUACUAUCGCAGAAAAGGCACAGAUACAGACGACUUAUAUUAAACAAACAAUACAACUACAUACAAAACAUAUAUGAAAAAAAAAAACUGAAAAGCAAAUUAAAUUUAAAGAAUUUAGUGGGUAUUAAAUUAAAAUA